AGACUAUAAAUAUACUUCGCUAGCUCAGCUUGUUAAGCCGUUACUGUUCCAUCUUCUGUAAAUCUAUCAGCAAUAUUGCCAUUCGUUUCAACAAGUCUUUGUAUAUUAGCAACUGAGAAGUGGUUUUAAUAUGGAUGAUUGGGAUAGUGAGAACUUUGAACCUGCAGACGUAAAGUUGAACAGCGAUAAAUGGGAGGGGGAAGAUGAAGAAGAUGUAUUGAAAGAUAAUUGGGAUGAUGAAGAAGAAGAAAAAGAAAAAGAAGAAGAGAAGCCGAAGGUGGAAGUGAAAAAAGGGGGAAAAAAAUAUCUCCAGAUGAAGUUGAAAGAAAAAGAAGAAGAGAAAAAAAGAGAAGCUGAAAGAAGAAGGCAGGAAGAGGAAGAGAAGACUCCAGAGGAGAAGAUGAGAGAUAAACUUCUCGCUCAGAAGUUGGCGGAGGAAUCUGACAUGGCGAUGACAAAAGAGUUGUUUACGAAAGAAGAAACGACGGAAACUUCGGUUUCAUUUGGGGAUUAUAACCCCAGGACGAAAGCAGAUUUUAUUGAAUUCGCCGAACUUAUAAAAACAAAGCUCACAUCCCUGGAGGAAUCUCCACAUUACGCAUUCUUGGUGGAAACCUUGGUUAAUUCCUGUACGGUUUGUUUAAACCAUGAAGAGAUUAAGAAAAUCUCCUCAUCUUUAAAUGCAUUGGCAUCAGAAAAGUUAAAACAAGAAAGAGCGAAAAAGGGAACCAAGAAAACUCAGAAAGCGAAACUUGGUGGAGGAAUGAAAAGCACAAGGAACGAUGCAAUGGAAGACUUUUCAUCUUAUAAUGACUUUGACGACUUUAUGUAAAAACAUAUUAACUUGUAUUUUGCUAUAUAGAGAAUACCAUCAUGACUUAGCACUCUAGUAGCUGCAGCACCAUAAAUAUUUGUACUAAGAUUUGUUCAAAUGCAUUUGUAUAUAGUAAAUUAUAUGGUUAACUUUGCCUCUGCAUGUUGGGUAUUACUGGGACUGUUUUUGUUGAGGUAUUUGCAAAGAUAUUGUUUAUGUAAUUUGUGGAAUUUUAAAUCGUUUUCCAAAGUUUCGGUGGCUAUGCUUUCGUCUCAGUGAUGUCUUUGAUUUACAG